UCGACAACGGACCUUGAUUGUCAGGCAAUUCUGUUUCAUUUCAAAGGCUCACGUCGCUACCAUGGCUGAAGAAAGCCCAGUCAGCCCGGUAUCCUCUGCGACAACUUGUGUAGCGCCCUUCUCCAGAUCGAACACGGGCGCAACGAUAAGACAAUGGGACGCCAUCCCACCAUUUGAGAGAUCGGACCAGCUAUGCAAAGACUUGGAAUAUACGCAUGAACCGGAGAAGCCAACGCAUCUUCGCAGCCACCGGCCCGAUCAGGCUCUGCCAGAUGCGCCCCGAAUUCCGCUCGAUUCCUGUCGGGUGGUGCCGUAUUGUCUGGAGGACUUGGACACGCCUGGAAUGAAUAAGCUUGAUGAGAAGCUCUGGUGGGCUGGACCAGCCCCAUACAUCAAGACUCUCAGCCAGCAGCUGACCUACGAUCGGAAGAUUGUGGUCACCGAGAACCCUUCAUUACAUCUUCUCUGGUCGGACAACAUGAUCUAUAUCAAGCCAAUACCCGCAUACCUAUGUUCGUUCGCCUUCUGGGAAUACAUAUUGGACCCUUCAAACGACGGCAUCAACCCAGAGGAGCGGGAGCGUGUAAGAGCGACAUCGCUCGGUUUUCUGAGGACCUACGCAAGCCUCAUUCAGCGCCGCUCGGAUUUCUCCAUCGCCCGCCGCUACGAUCUCCUCUGCUCAUUCGGCCACACCUCCUUCGAAGCGUUCGUCAAAUUCAUCAUGUCAUUUGACUCGGUCCCGGACAAAGCUAUCAGCCCGCGCUGGCGCUUCGGCGAGAUCCAGCUCGACGCCCUAAACUUGCAUUCGCUCGUCCAUCUCCGCCGCUCGCACUUUAAUCGUUUCGAAUCAAACUAUGCGCUGUACUUUUCGCGCUUUUAUCCAGCCAUUCUAUUCCUGUUCGCAGUCUUCAGCGUCAUGCUGAGCGCAAUGCAGGUUAUUGUUGGAGGCAGGCAGCUAAAGGAGGAGACGGAUAAUCCGGGCGUGAAGAGAACGGUGGGAUUGUUCGAGUGGUUUUCUUGUGAGGCAAUUGGAUGGAGUUUGGCAUUCGGAGCUGUGCUGUUCAUUUGGUGGAUUUGUAUCUCCAGUGCAGAAGCUUUCCGGAGGAGGGGGAUCAUGAAGAGGGUGAAGAAGAAGCAGAGGGAGGAAGGGGCGUUGCAACCCUGAUAUUUUCUACCAUAUACGGAUGACCUUGCUUAAUUCCUGUGGAAUGGUCAGUGAGGCAAGAAUGCGCCUCUAUUCCCUCAUGCGAAGCCCGGUAAGUACGACGCGUCACCGGGCUGGCAAGGGGGUAGCAAGCGGGCUCUCAGUUACUUUCCACUUCGGACGAGGUGUGUACGGAUAAAGGUCUCGAUGGAUCUUCCGGGUAUGUAUGCUCGAAGCUGAGGCCCGGGGCUAUCGCAUUCACGUGCCAUCGGAACCUAGUAGAGCCGACAUACCGACACCGUAUCAAUCAUCUCCACUUCCAC